AUGGCGGGUGGACAGCCGAUUGAGGUACCACCCACGCCAGCGGCUACGCGGCCGUCGGAGCCAGACUAUUUCUCGCAAGCUGGUUCCUCUACAAACGCUUCCAACCUACCCUCAGCGGAAAUGGCACCACAUCCGUGGGCACAGAUGUUUGGACCAUCUGCCUUGCCUACAACGGCUGCUAUGCCUCCCGCAGAGGAUCUGCAACCACUCAAGCCAUCUAUACGUCCUAUGGGCAUUCCACCUGUUGCCUACAAUCGUGCAUCGACCCUGCCGAAUAUAUCCAGUCCGUCGGAAGGGUCUGUGCAUUCGAAAUUCAAACCCAUCGAUCCACCUGUGCUUCUCCAGUUGCUGGAAGGGAAGGCCCCUGUAGGCUACCUGACGCCCAAGCAUGUGCUUAUUGUCGAUAUUAGACCUCCUACGGCCUAUGCACGAGCACAUCUUCGUACGAGUAUCAACCUCAGUGCCCCCACAACACUACUGCGCCGGUCUGACUUCAGCAUUCAGCGCUUGGAAACCGAGGUUGUUGAGGAAGGAUCGGUGCGCGAUACCUUCUGCCAAUGGCACUUGUAUAAGCACGGCGAGGCUGCCAAGUCGAGUUGGAUUGUGGUGUUGGAUGUCGAUUCGAACAAGACCACGGCCAAUGCGCGUUCUACAACAGGCGGCGGCGGUGCCUCACUCCUUGGCUUGCUACGCAAAUUUGAGCAAGACGGCUAUGAAGGUUCGCUCUGCUGGCUUCGUGGCGGAUUCCAAGCCAUGUCACGUUGUGUGGCGGCACAACCUUGGGUCGAGAAAGGUGCGCAUAUUCCCUCUCUAGCGACAACUUCUGCUCCUGCUACUCGUCGCACAUUGGGGCUAUCGAUGGACGCAUUCUCUCGCAGUACUGUGUCGUACCUGCACCAGGGCGUUAACAAUCAGUCGUUUGCUAUGAAUCCCUUCUUUGACAAUAUCCGCCAGAACCUUGAGUUGUCAUGUGGUAUCACUGAUGUCGUUCCUUUGCCCAUGGACUUGCGUGACGAAGACAUGAAACGCCUUCCUCGCUUCCUGCGUACCUUGGCCAAGAUGGACGACAAAACGCGUGCCAAUCAUCUUGCCGAGCACUUCUUUUCGGUGGAAAAGUCUGAGCAGCAGCGAUUGCAGCAGAUUAUGCAGCGACACUCUGCCGAGUCUGUGUUGGGCAAAUUUAAACCGGCAUCGCCCAGCGUGACUACGUCACUCUCACGUAGGGCGGCCUACCCCUACCUAUCAGAAGAAAAGGAUGUGUCGCAAGAGUCGUUCCCUCUGAGCAUUUCAGCAGCACUCGAACGUGGUACACAUCAUCGCUAUCGAAACUUUUGGACCUACGAGCAUGGCCGUGUAAAGCUUUUGCGUCCUCCUCAUGAUGACAGCUAUAUCAACGCGUCGUACAUCAACCCUCUUCGUUUUGUUGGUAUGCACCGCGUAUACAUUGCCACGCAGGCGCCUCUUCCGAAUACGUUCAGUGCAUUUUGGAGUGUUGUUUGGGAGAACAAAAUCCAAACUAUUAUCAUGGCUGCGCUGGAGUAUGAAUCAGGGCGGCAAAAGUGCGAUGUGUACUGGGAGAAUGGCUCAGCCGGCCCUUUCUUCGUUACGUUGGAGAAGGAGGAGACGCUAAACCAGAAAGAGCUGCAAGCGGGCAGCUGCGAAGAAAAAGUGGUCAUUUGCCGGACCCUUGCUCUUCGCGAUACACGUGAGCCUGACGAGCCGACGCGUACUGUGACACAAUACCAAUUCCUCACUUGGCCUGACCAUGGUGUGCCUGAUACGCCUGCAGAGAUUUUGGGCCUGAUUCGGCAUACCCAUACGACGCAGCCAACUCGCACACAUGAUGAUAUACCACCCACUCUUGUCCACUGCUCUGCAGGUAUUGGUCGGACAGGUACUUAUAUCAUGGUUGAUGCCCUAUGUGCAUUCUAUUCCUAUAUUCGCUCUUUGCGUGACCAUGCUGUAAAGACAUCGGCGACUCUCGACCCACAAGAUGCCCUAGCGCUUACAUGUUGGGAGUCCGAAGAGGAUCUUAUCUUUGAUGCAGUCAUGGUUAUGCGCGAGCAACGCAUGAGCAUGAUUGAAACAGUGCGGCAGUACGUCUUUGUGUACAAAGCCGUGGUUGCCGCCUUGUUAGAGACAGACUCUGUACCAUAG